UGCUGUGCAAGUGAGCACUGAAGGACUUUAUAACGUACAGUUCCAUGUGCCUGCUGUAUGAGAUGCAUUCAUUGUUCAUCAUGCUUGGCGCCAUAUUGCUGUUAUUUGUUUGCUUCACAGUUUUGAUGGCCCAGCCAGUACAACUGCCCCACUUUGUAAAAGUUAACAUUGGGCAAUCUGUCACACUCAGCUGCAUCACCGAGAGGGGCUCUGCUUAUUGUUAUGACAUGAUGUGGUAUGUACAAUAUCCGAUGGCUUCUUUUCAGCAGAUAAUAUCUGACAGAAAAUAUUCUACUCCAAGUGAACGUUUAGAACGAAACUGCUCAUUGACAAUCCGUAAUGUAAAAGCAAAUUCUACUGGAAUGUAUUUUUGUUCAGGAUGCAGCAUUGCAUUGAAUGUCUUUGGUAAUGGGACAUGGCUUUCCGUUACAGAUGGCUCUUCACACAGCCCAACUUUAUUUAUUGUGCGCCCUUUAGAUAAUGAGAUGAAAUUAAGGAAUGUAACAACACUGAUCUGCAUGGUGUGUGAUAUUCCUUUUCACUCAGUGAUGAUAUACUGGAAUAUCUCUGGGACUAUUACCAAUGGACUGAUGGAGUCCAGAUUAAGCACAAUGAAGGGAGAAUAUUGCAUGACAAACCAAAUAACAAUAUCAGCAGUGACAUGGAAUGAAGGAACUAACUGUACCUGCAUUGUAGAAAAUGAACCUGGAAUUUUUUUUACAAAGCACAUAUGGAAGAAAGACAAAACGUUAGGCAUUCUGGCAAGAAUACCCGGGGCCGUUUCCAUCCUCGUACGAAUCAUUAUUUUCCUUCUCUUUGUCAUAAUCAUUCUUGUAACGUGUCUUCUAACAAGAAUACAAUUAGAUUCUACAGUUGACCUGCUAAUAAAAGGAUCUCAGCAUUCCUGAGAAGAAUACACAUUUCUUAUUGUGGUCAUUCAUC